CUGACAUGUAAUACAGACUGAGAGAGCAGCUCAAGAAAACAACAUACCCGAUGUCACGCUGACGAGUGUUUGAUCUAGUCAGCUCUGGAUGAGCAGAAGUGGAUGAAAUGCCUCCUGGGUCAUGGACGUCUCUCUGCUGGAUUUUACUCUCUGUCUGCCUCCUGUUUGCCUCUACAGAUGGGAAAAUCAUCAAAGCUGAGCCUGGACAGAACAUCUCUCUGCCAUGUCGAACUCCAAACAUCAGCGUCCCCAUCAGAGCUGUGGAGUGGUUCAGACUUGACCUCCAGGAAGGACAUGUCCUCAUGUACCGGGGUCAGCAGUAUAUUUCAAUGAACCAGCUUCCAUCGUUUGUGAACCGGGUGGAUCUGCAGGACAGACGGAUGAAGGAUGGAGACGUGUCUUUGGUUCUGAAGGACGUGACGAUUAAUGACACUGGAACAUUUCAGUGUUAUGUCGUCCAGAGAGGAACAAAUGGCAGGAGAAGCAUUGUUGAUCAUAUCAGCACCAUCUACCUGAGAGUUGUUCCUCCAGGUCAACCAGGAAGGCACAGCAGGUACAGAUGGAAUGAGGAUCGAUCUGUUGGGCUGGAUCUUUUCCUGACAGUUUGUUUUAUGCUUGUUACUGUAGCUCUUGCUUUCUUUAUGACCUUCACAAUCCCCAAAACAGAGGAGAAAAAGAAUUAAUAAAUCUCAGAUGACUGAACAGGUGAUUUUUGUGUAAUCUGUUAGUUGCAAGCAGCGAUUGACAUCAAGCAGUCAGCUGUAGACGUCUAACACUUAAGACCUAAAAUAUAAACGUGCCUGUUUUUAAGGAACUCAACGCCUGCUGUUUAAAAAGGAUUUACAAGGAGAGAGCGAUGGGCACUGAGACGAAGACCUGGUUCACUCCAAAACAAUCCACUGUGUGUGUGUGUUUUGCUUUUAAACAGCUGAAACAGAGUCAGUAUCUUUGUUUAGUUUAAACAUAAAAGAUUUAUUUGAAAUGCAGCACCGUUUAUUUACAUAAAAUCCUUCAUGCAGCUUCGUCUUGUGUUCUUUUUUGCUUUAAAUGCAAUUUCUGUUCUGCUUUUUUGAUGUUAUUAA